GCAUGGGGCGAGCAGGGCACGUGCACUGGGCGCUGUGGCAGCCCCAGCAGAGGGGGGCGCCACCGCCACCUGCACGGCCCGCUCCGCUCGCCCCAUGCGACAUGGUUUCCGCCGGCGGGCUCUCCCUGGCUCCCCAGACCCGGCUGCUGUGACUGCCACACAGGCAGCAGCAGCUAGGACGGAGCCUCCCCCUACUCCCCUCCCCCCCCUCCCCCCAAGCAGUGUCUAAUCGUGGAGGCGCGCGUGCGCGGGUCUGCGGAGGCAACAGCAGACAGCAGCAGCACGUAGGAAGUAGGCCCUGGAGGAUUCACGCCUGCACCUGUCACCGUAGCGACCAGAGCCGUCCGCGCUGAGUGGAGAAGAUGCCGCAGAAGAGGAGUCCAGCCAGACGCAGGACUGGGGAAGGACAUCCAACCUUCGGUGGACCGGGACACUGCAGCAAGGGAGGAGACUGACCAGCAAUGGGAGCACCGGCAGAAGACCCUGGCUGGCUUAAAGAAGACGGCACGGAACAGCGGGGAGGAUGGCGCAGAUCGGAAUCCUGCAGCAGGAGAGAAUAUUCCCCUUUGGAGCGCAGCAGACCACACUGAAAAGGGUGCAUCCCCGGUGCGGUGCGGUGCUCUGCAUCCCGGGUGGCGCCGAAGAUGUGGAGUGUCGGAGGUGGCAGAAGCGCCGCAGCUUGGGACAUGGAAAACUGCCUUCAAUGUCCUGAUGACCAAUGGCCGAAUGAGAAGAGAAAUAAGUGCAUCAUGAGAUCCAUAGACUUCUUGUCCUAUAAAGAACCACUUGGAUUAGCUUUAGCCAUAGCAGCCAUUGUUCUAUCCAUCUUUACAGCAUUCAUUCUGUGUAUCUUUAUUAAAUACAGAGAUAGCCCUAUAGUAAAAGCCAAUAACCAAGAGCUUAGUUAUGCAGUACUUGUCUCUCUCAUGCUGUCUCCCCUCUGUAUAUUACUGUUUAUUGGUCGUCCUAUGAAAGUGACAUGCUUACUAAGGCAGGUAGCUUUUGGUAUCAUUUUUGCUAUUAGUAUUUCUUCUGUGCUCGGAAAAACAAUCACUGUUGUUGUUGCAUUUAAUGCUAUAAAACCUGGGAGCAGAUUAAAGAAAUGGAUUGGAUCCAAGGUUCCAAGAUACAUUGUUCUUCUAUGUUCAUUGGGAGAAAUUAUAAUAUGCUCUGUAUGGUUACUUUAUUCUCCCCCAUACCCAGAUUGUGACACCAAAACUCAACCAUCUGUGAUGAUAUUAAAGUGCAAUGAAGGAUUUACUCCUGCAUUUUACGUAGUGAUUGGAUACAAUGCAUUACUGGCAUCUGUUUGCUUUGUUGUAGCUUAUUUUGCCCGGAAGCUGCCAGUCAUGUAUAAUGAAGCUCAGCACAUCACCUUCAGUAUGUUGGUGUUCUGCAGUGUCUGGAUAUCUUUCAUCCCGAGCUAUCUGAGCACAAAGGGAAAAUACAUGGUAGCGGUUGAAAUAUUUGCCAUCCUGGCUUCCAAUUCUGGACUAUUAGGCUGCAUAUUUAUUUCCAAAUGUUUCAUUAUAUUUUUCAGACCUGAGCUAAACAGCAAAAGAAAAAUAUUUAAUUAAUUUUCCAUGCGCUGUAUUUACAUUUGAAAUACUGUAUUAUUACUCUUAGCAUAUUAUUUGAAAUAUUCAACUGACCAUUAUAGUUUAAUAAUACCCCUUUUACACUCGCAGAAAAAUCCCGGGAUAUUGCACGUGAACGCGCAUCAUCCCAGGAUUUUUCUCAGUGUGAAUGGGUACAGGGUCCAUUUCCCGGGACGAGCAUCCCGGGAUUUCAACCCAGGUCUCGACCAGGGUUGAACCCGGGACCGUCCCUGGAAGCUGGCAGUGUAAACGGGUAUACCGGGUCAAGGCGACCCGGCACCCGUUCUCUUCAUAGGAGGAGGCGGUGCUUGGAGAAGAUUAUCUCCAAGCUCCGCCUCUGGGAGACUCAGCGGUGACGUCACUGACCCGGCAAUAUGCCGGGUCAGCCCGCUAAUGUGAAAGGGUCAUUCCCGGGAAUGUGUCCUGGCAAAUAUACCGGGACACAUUCCCGGGAAUGAACUUCACUGCGAGUGUAAAAGAGGUAUUAGAGGAUGCCAAAUCCUUUUUUUUCUACAUUCAAUUUUACAUUUAUUCCUAUAAUAUAUAAUAUUCUCACCAUUUUAAUGACAUACAACACGUACUGUCAAAAGAAAAGUACAAUUACACUGAAGCAUCAUUAUCAUAUUUUUAAGCAUGUGUAACACAAAUAAGCUUCUGUCUCAGAAAAAUGAUCAAU